UAUAAUGUUCCGAUAAUUGUUUAAAAUGUUCUAUACCCACACAAUGCUAAGUAUGUUAAUUUGGUUAUUUUGAAUUAACAAUAAAUUAAAAUGAUAUAAUAUGUAUAAAAUGUCCAUAUUUUGAUAUAACGUUAGGCCAAAAUUAAUCGAUAUUUUAAUGCGCAAACUGUAUUUUUGAUCACUUUAAAUUUUCCUAAACAUUAAAAUGUGAAUAUAAUUAUGUUUUAAAUUCUAAAAUUCCCACCUCAAAUCCCUAAUUAUACCAAAACUAUCUAAAAAUAUAAGACUAGACAGCAUAAUAACUAUUUAUAUUAAUAAAAAUAGACUUUAAAACGUUUAAAUUGGAGCAAUGUUUCGGUUGUGAAUAAUGGUGUUUGAAUUAAAUAAAUCCUAAAUGUUUUAUUUUCGACGAAGCUAAUUUUUAUCCUUUAUAAAAAUAUGUAUUAUGUAAAAACGGAUUUUUUUAUGUCAAUAAAACUUGCUAAUAAUGCCCUUCAAAUUGUAUUGAAUGUGAUUUAUAAAAAAAUUGUUUAUAAUGUGAUAAAGGAUAUGUCAUAAAUAAUCUAUUUUAAUGUUAAUUAUGUACUACUCUUCUUUCUGAUUGCCUAGAGUGUUUUUUUGGAAAUUCUUCUCUUAAUUUAAAUGAAUAACCUUAGCUUUGGAAAUAAUAUCUAACUCCAUAAGAUCUUAUUGAUAAUAAUAUAACUAUAAGAUGUACUAAAUGCAAUAUAUCAACCACUUAUUUAAUUCCUUCAAAAGAUCUAUUAAAAUGUGAAGGAUGUAAUCCAAAUUGUAUAUCAUGUUAUUAUAUAAAGCAGGAUAAUGGAGUAUAAAUAAACCAUUCUAUAAAUCCUAAAGUUAUACCUAAUGAUGAAAUUUCUCUUUAUUAAAAAUAUUGCUUUUUAUGUAUUGUAUCAUAUUUUGUUUCCUUUAACGGAACUUGUGAAAUUUGUGAUAUUUCCAGAUGCAAUUUAUGUUAUUAUGGUGAACUUUCAGGCACUAAUUAAUUCUAUACUUUAAAUAUAGGAUUCAUUUACUUAACUAAUAAAGGCAAAUUAGUUAAAAAAUGUUAUGAUUGUGUAUCUUCAUCAACUUCAUAAAGAGCUAUUAUGAUAAAUGGAAGCUGUUCUACCUAAAAUAGCCUUAAAACAUUAGAUGCUAAUUGUUAUUAGUGGCUUUAAAUUAAUACAACAAGUGUUUUAGCUAAUGAUUAUAUAUGUAUGGAAUGUAAUAAUUAUGGUUUUAACAUUGACUUACCAGCUAAUUAAAGAAAAUGUGAUAAAAGUAAUAGUGUCAUUCAUCCUAAUUGUGUUAGUUUUUAUUACUAUUUAUCUGGUUUGAAUAGUUUAAUAAUUUCAAUUUGUGUUAGAUGUAAGAGAGGAUUUACUGCUUCAGUAGCAAACGGAUGUGUUUCAUGUUAAUCUGGAUAAGAUUUUGAUUAUGGAAUAACAGCUGAAAACAUAUGUAAACAUUGCUCCCAUAUAACUCCUACUGGCUAUAAUUUUACACAUUAUAUAUUUUUUAAUAGACCAAAAAUCCCAUAAAAUUAAAUUGAUUUAAUUGAAUAAACAUAUAAUAUAAGAACAAAGCCACUAUGUGAAGUUUGUAUAGAUAAAAAAGUAUAUGGCGUUUGUACUAAUUUAAAUUUUUGCCAACUAUUAGUUUCUAAUUGUUAAAAGUUAACUAGUGUAUAUGAUGGGUGUAAAACAGAUUAAAAUUCAGUAGUUUAUUGCGAAUCAUGUCCUUUUAAAUUAUAAGAUGUAAAAAAUAGCGAUAGUACAAUCUCAAAAGUUAAAAUAAGUUAAACAGUAGCUUUAAUACCUAACUAAUGUUCUCUAUGUCCAAGAUAUUGUAGUUUUUGUUAAGAAAGGACCUUAGAUUAAAUUAAAUAACAAAACCCAUAUUUUAUUACAUAAUUAAUAUUUAAAUAAUUUACAACCAAAUGUUUCAAAUGCAUUUAAGUUAAUGAUAUGUGUAAUUUAGGAGAUUCUAAAGGAGGGUUCGGAUACACUUGUCCUUUUACUAAUAAUGCAUCUGGGACUGAUUUUGCACCUUAUUAUAAUCAAAUAGUUAAUUAAUGUACGAUUUGUAACAAACAAAACCUGUAGUGUAAUAGAAUACAUAAAAUGUAAAAAAUUAUUGAUUGUAGAUCCUUAAAUGAUAUUGCAAGUGGUAUGAAAAUAGAUACUUUAACUUUAACUAAAAUAAAUAUAUAGGAAUAAUCAUUUAGUAAUACCAUUGAUUUAAAUUUUAAUGAAUUUGAUACAUAUGAAUUAUAAAAAGAUUUAUUUUAUCGUUUAAAUGAAGAUAACUUUACUUAAUUUUAAUUUGAAAUAUUAGUGAUUCCUAUAAAGAAAAGUUUUAAAUUAUAAAAUGGUUAAACAGUUACUGAUGGUGCUUAUUGUAUGUUUCCAUCAUAAUUAAAUAUAUCAACUAAAAUAGCUAGAUAUAGUAGAAUUUUUUAAAUGUGCGAAUCUACUUUACUAACUGACAUUGUUCCUAUAUUUUCAUUAACCAAUAUUAAUAUUUAAGAGAUUGUUUUCGAUAAUGUAUUCCAUCCUAUAUACUUAAUAAUGCUGAUAAAAUAAUUCUAGAAAAUGUGA